AUGCAUCGAAAAUUGUAUAGUUCGGGAUUAUGUGGACGAAAGCGUCGUACAUGUUAUAUAACCACGGGCAAAGAAUUUAUUCGUAUCAUGGAGAAAGAUGGAGGAAUGAUACCAGACGAAGAAGAAUGUCUUAAAAAUCAAGAAUUACAAGAUGAAGAGAUACGACGACGAAAAGAAAUGGCAUUUCAUUCCAGUCCCGAGUUUACCUAUACUCUAUUGCCCGAUGGAAUACUUCAUAUUUCACGAGCAGAUACUUUAAUACGUAAUAUGGCAUCCAAACAUGCUUUACAAGCGUCAUGUGAACCUGAAGUGAUCUACGCAGGAACAUGUCGAUUCGAGAAGAGAGACGACGAACAAGACAUUAUAUUUGUGAUCGAUAACGAUUCGGGAACGUAUGCACCAAAAAAUGAUAACGAUGAAUUAGCUCGGUUGAAAAAUUUGCUAGAAUGGAAUUUUCGUGGAUUAAAAGUAGAUGCUAAGACAUAUGUACCACCAGAAAUGGAGAAUGAUGAUGAAGAUGAUGAUGAUGAUGGUAAUGGAGAAUAA